AUCUACCGGAGGUGCUGGCUGGUGUUCCGGAAAUCCUCCAGCAAGGGGCCCCAGCGGCUGGAGAAGUAUCCAGAUGAGAAGUCAGUGUGCCUCCGAGGCUGCCCCAAGGUGACAGAGAUCAGCAAUGUCAAGUGUGUCACACGGCUCCCCAAGGAGACCAAGAGACAGGCAGUGGCCAUCAUAUUCACCGACGACUCCGCACGUACCUUCACCUGCGACUCAGAGCUGGAGGCAGAGGAGUGGUACAAGACCCUCUCUGUGGAGUGCCUGGGGUCGAGGCUCAACGACAUCAGUCUGGGAGAGCCGGACCUCCUGGCCCCAGGAGUGCAGUGCGAGCAGACAGAUCGCUUCAACGUCUUCCUGCUGCCCUGCCCCAACCUGGAUGUGUAUGGCGAGUGCAAGCUGCAGAUCACCCACGAGAACAUCUACCUCUGGGACAUACACAACCCCCGCGUGAAGCUCGUCUCGUGGCCCCUCUGCUCACUGCGCCGCUAUGGCCGGGAUGCCACACGCUUUACCUUCGAGGCUGGCCGGAUGUGUGACGCUGGGGAAGGGCUCUACACCUUCCAGACGCGGGAGGGGGAACAGAUUUACCAGCGGGUCCACAGUGCCACCCUGGCCAUCGCCGAGCAGCACAAGAGGGUCCUGCUGGAGAUGGAGAAGAACGUGAGGCUGCUGAACAAGGGCACGGAACAUUACUCGUACCCCUGCACGCCCACUACCAUGCUGCCCCGUAGCGCCUACUGGCACCACAUCACAGGUUCCCAGAACAUCGCUGAGGCCUCCAGCUAUGCCGGUGAGGGGUAUGGGACCGCCCAGGCCAGCUCAGAAACGGACCUCCUCAACAGAUUCAUCCUGCUAAAGCCAAAGCCCAGCCAGGGGGACAGCAGUGAGGCCAAGGCCCCUUCCCAGUGACGGCAGAGCUGGCACACACAGAGGACCACUGGGGCUGCCUGCAGCGUAUCGUGGAUGGCGUGGAGGGGCUGUGGGCCAAGAGCCUGGGGAAAGGGAGCAAGCGGUCCCUUCUUUGCCCCAGACGGUGAGACUGGACCGAGGCAAAGGGCUGGCCAUGCCACCCGAGCACGUGUGAGGGGCUGGAGCUACCAUGGGACUAUAUACUGUUAAUGAUUUUAAUAUAUAUGGCUUAUGACGUACUCUAUAUUAAUAAGAUUCCCCCUCUGACCCUCCCUGCCACCACAUACCCAUUUUUUAACCCCCUGACCAGGCCACAGUCAAGGCCGUUCUGAACGUGAGGGCAGCGGUUUCCCUGUCCCCACGGUACCAGCCCCCCUGCUGCCAGGACCUGAGCUGCCAGGGCCAGAGGAGGGAGACCUCCGCACUCCCGGCUGCUGCGCUAGCUGCCGGCUUUCCCCCAGCAGCCCGGGGGCGGGGACAGCACGUGGCUUCUCAGUCCCUCUGGGCCUAGAGUGGCACAGGAAGGAUCCGAACGUACACUGUGCCACUUGGUAGCCCUGCACUUGGAGUUUUCAGCAGAGGUGACAUCUGGUUGACACCUCAGGUGAAAAAUCUGGCUUGAAAAUGGUUUCUGCCCAGAUUCCUUCCUGCUUAGCAGGCUGAGGAGACGCCCUGGGGGUGGCGGGGGGCGCUGGUUACCUCGGCCCGGGGGGCGCUUUCCUGUCCCCGGGCCAGGCCGGCCACGCAGGAGGGCGGCGGGGGGCGGGGGGAGCGCCCUGCUGCCCGCUCUCAGUGACCGGCGUGGGCAGUGCUCCCACAGAGGGAGCCCCUCUGCCCUGUCUGGCCCCCCUCCAAAGCCGAGCCCUCCCCAUUUCCUCCUCCACGUGGUGCUGCGGCUCCCUGCUGAAAUGCAAUUAAAGCAACCGAUUUUCUAGUGCUGGUAUUUACUGACGACCGUGCAGAAGGGCUAUCUUUUUACUCACAUCAAACCUUUGGUUGCGUGUUGGGUUGUUUUUAACAUUUUCGGGUUCUGAUUGAUUAGAGGGAACAGACCUUCUUGUAAAUAACCAUUAUUCAAGUCGCGGCAGGAGGAUGAUAAAGCAAGAGGCCCCCUCCGACAGAGCACCGGAGCCCGGGAGGUGGCCACAGCCCGCUCAGCUCUCACCCUGGCCCAGGGAAUGACCACCUAGAGGAAUAAGCUAGCCUGAAGAAGGGAGCCCAAAGGCCACGGAGGGGAGGCAGAGCUGGCUGGCUUGGUUAGUGGCACGAUGACGCAUGAAGGCGAUUACGUACGUUUUGCUCUUUAUUGCCAAAAAUAAAAACUUUAAAAGACAA